GUUUUAGUAAUGAAGUAGUUGGGCGGUUUUGUUGAUUUUCCAUGCCAUCUCCCCAACGUCUCUGCCCUUCGGGAACUCCGCUAAAUCUUUGGCGUAAUUCACCUUGUAUAAAACCUUCCGCUCCGCUCCCGUCUCCAGUCUCCUCUGCAAUGCCCGAUUCUCUUCUCAUCCUCUCCAUCGCCGCCCUCCUCUGAUUGCUCCCGCCAUGGCCUCCUCUCUCGCCCUCCCUUCCACAAUUUCCCUCAAGAAGUUGCCUCUCAAUUCCUCCUCGUCUUUCAGGAGCUCCGCCUCAUUCAUCGCCUUCAGAAAUGGAUUCCGGAGCUCCACUGCUGCAACCCUCGCUGCUCGAUCUAGGGUUUUCAUGAGCGCCUCAGUUGGAUCGCAGACUCUGGCUGACGAUUCCUUGUUCCUGGAUUACAAGCCCAAUUGUGCUUUUCUCUUCCCUGGCCAGGGUGCACAAGCUGUGGGAAUGGGAAAGGAAUCUCAAAGCGUUCCUGCUGCAGCAGAUUUGUUCAAGAGAGCAAAUGACAUUUUAGGCUUUGAUCUUCUUGAUGUCUGCACUAAUGGGCCGAAGGAGAAACUUGACUCAACAAUUCUAAGUCAGCCAGCUAUCUAUGUCACAAGUCUAGCUGCAGUUGAGCUGCUUCGUGCACGUGAUGGAGGCCAGCAAAUAAUCGAUUCUGUUGAUGUCACUUGUGGUCUAAGCUUGGGGGAGUAUACUGCAUUAGCAUUUGCAGGGGCUUUCAGCUUUGAGGAUGGACUCAAGCUGGUCAAACUAAGGGGGGAGGCAAUGCAGGCAGCUGCUGAUGGUGCAAAAAGUGCCAUGGUCAGUGUCAUAGGGUUAGACUCAGAGAAGGUUCAACAGCUGUGUGAUGCGGCUAAUCAAGAAGUCGAUGAAGCUGAUAAAGUUCAGAUAGCAAAUUUCCUGUGUCCUGGCAAUUACGCUGUAUCAGGAGGUAUAAAAGGAGUAGAAGCAGUAGAAGCCAAGGCAAAGUCAUUCAAGGCUCGAAUGACGGUACGUCUAGCUGUGACGGGUGCAUUCCACACUAGUUUCAUGGAACCUGCUGUUUCAAGAUUGGAAGCUGCACUUGCAGCAACGGAGAUCAAAACUCCCAGAAUACCAGUCAUCUCCAAUGUUGAUGCACAGCCACAUGCAGAUCCUGACGCAAUCAAGAAAAUAUUGGCUCGCCAGGUGACUUCUCCCGUUCAGUGGGAAACAACAGUAAAAACUCUACUCACCAAGGGGCUGAAGAAGAGUUAUGAAUUGGGCCCUGGGAAGGUUAUAGCGGGCAUUGUGAAGAGAGUGGACAAAAGUGCAGACAUCGAGAAUAUCGGAGCUUGAUUAAGUCUAGAUUGAAGCCAACAACUCACUCAUGGCUGAAGAGUUCUUUAUUGCCCCAACGGCAUCAAACAGAAAUUAGUACAACGCCCUGUGUUCUCAGCUGCCAUUUUCUUAUGAGUCCAGAUGUUACAAUUAGUUCUAGAGCUGCAAGUUUCUAAACAGUGUAUGAGAAUAUUUAUAUACGUUGCCAGAAGAAUUCAUCAUAGUUGGAAAUCUUCCACGAGCAAUAAUAUGCAAAAUGAUUCAAAUUUUAAAUUGAACUGGUAUUGGUUUA